CAUCAUUUCAAGUUGUAGGACUCGUCGUUUAGUAUACAUACUUAUCGUUCAAACCACUAUGUCGAAACAUCACCCCGAUUUGAUUAUGUGCCGGCGCCAGCCUGGUAUUGCUAUUGGCAGAUUGUGCGAGAAGUGUGAUGGUAAAUGUCCCGUCUGUGAUUCAUACGUUCGACCUGAAACACUCGUCCGGAUAUGUGACGAGUGUAAUUUUGGUACAUAUGGAGGAAGGUGUAUUAUCUGCGGAUCACCAGGUAUCUCAGAUGCGUACUACUGUGCAGAGUGCACGCGGUUGGAAAAAGACAGAGACGGAUGUCCGAAGAUCGUGAAUUUGGGUGCUAGUAGGACAGAUUUAUUCUACGAGAGACGCAGACUAGGCUUUAAGAAGAGCUAGCCUUACAUACUACACUUUGUGCGACUUCACUCAUGAGUUGCUCCAGAUAUUGCGCUCCAAGAUGCCUGUAUUUCAUUAUACGAAGACGGGGUAGGAGU